AUGUCACAGCCAUGGGAUUACAUCGCUAAGCUUGUCUGUAUCGGUGACUCAGGCACCGGGAAGUCUAGCCUCACCAUCCGCCUCUGUGAAGGCCGCUUUUCCCCUUCUCACGAUGUUACUAUUGGGGUUGAGUUUGGAUCGAGGAUCGUACCCGUGGGGCCCCCUGCUUCGUUGGAGUUGGGUCUGGAUGAGUUUUCUCGCAGUUCUCCCAGACCUCCCGGCGAACCCCCCGAAGAGUCUACUGCCUCCGGCCUCCCUAGCCCACCGCGAAAGCCACAGGACUCGUCCAUCCAGAAACGGAUGAAACUCUCUCUCUGGGAUACUGCUGGCCAGGAAACCUACAAGUCGAUUACCCGCUCCUACUUCCGCGGCGCCUCCGGUGCGCUCCUCGUCUUCGACAUCUCUAGGCGAUCAACCUUCGUAUCGUGUACGCAGUGGCUCCAGGAUCUGCGUCAGAUCGCGGAGGAGGGCAUCGUGGUGAUUUUAGUUGGAAAUAAGACAGACUUAGCCGGACGAGAAUCCGGAUCUAACCAGAGACAGGUCACCGAGGAAGAGGCCGAAGAAUGGUGCCGCCUGAAUAACGUUGUGCGAUAUGUUGAGACGAGUGCCAAGUCUGGAGAUGGCGUUGAGCGAGCUUUUCUCGAAGUCGCCGAGAGGAUAUACCGCAAUAUUGAAGCCGGCAGGUACGACCUCAAUGACCGCCGCAGCGGAGUCAAAGGGUUUGGAGCCUCUGGAGGUGCCAACACUGGGGUCCCGAGAACCGUCACACUGGGCAUGGACGAUGCGAUGCGCAAGGGCGGUGGCUGGUCUGGAGGGUGUUGCUAA